AUCUGCAGUGCUCCCCACACAGAGCAGCCCAGGCUUUAUUUCGCUCCUUAUCCAUCAGUCACUGAGAAGACACAAAUCAGCUUCACGCGUAUUUGAUUUGUAUGUCUUUUCCAAACUCAUAGCUUACUCCUGCACAUAAGCAGUGCAUAAAACUGUAUCAUAGAAACGAUAAAGAAAAACGAAUUGUUCUGCGUGUCAUUUGACACAGAAAUGAAAAGCAACCGCUCCUGCUGACUAUCAGUAGCUCGGUCCUAACACUGCUCGAGAAACCAGCGUCAGUAAAAGAAAAAGUUCAAUUAGGGACCGACGAUAAUGAUUUUCUUCGGGUUUCCACACAACGCACCUCACGCGACACCGCCUUCCCGCCCGCAGGCGGGGAGCGUCACGUGAGCGCAGCGCGGGGCGCCAACGGGCGCGGGGCUGAGGGAGGGGCCGCCAUCUUGGGGUCCGUGGGCUGAGGGGAGCCGGCCUCGGGCGCUGCGGUGCGGGCUGCUGGGUGACUGCUGCCUAGCACUGGUUUUGCUUGGGAUUUGCUGGAGCACUUUAAAGGUUUACUGCCAAGAUUAUCAGGAAAUACCUGCUUUGGAGGUUGUCAGCAGGACAUCUUCAAGAACCAUGAAGAAAUUGUGAUUAUAACAAGGAGUAAAAGCUGGGAAAAACGUUUUUCUAGUUGAGUCUCAGGAAAUGGGUGGCACUGCUGUUGUCCUUUGUCUUGUUUUGCAAUUAAUGCAAGAGGUAAAAGCAUCUGUUGGGAACUGCAUUCCCAGAAAAACAGUAAAAUACCAAACUCUAAAUGCAGAAAUGUUUGUGAAAGAAGGCUUGUCCAAUGUCUCCGCUCUCCUUGUGGAUGAAGAAACUGAUAGGCUGUUUGUUGGAGGCAGGGAUGUAAUAUCUGCCCUGGAUUUGAAUAACAUUUCCAGAGAAACUGCCAGGGAACACUGGUUGGCUACGCAGGAAAGACAGCUGGAAUGUAUUCGUAGAGGCAAGGACAAGAUAAGGUGCCAAAACUACAUCCUCGUCCUGCGUAAGAUCAAUGAUUCCCACCUGUAUGUCUGUGGGACAAACGCCUAUCACCCGCUGUGUGACCACAUGGUUAUCCAGAGGACAAAGAUGCAUUUGCAAGGAAGAGCUGAAGAGAGCAGAGGGAAGUGUCCUUUUGAGCCAACUCUGAAACAUGCAGCUGUUUUUGUAGAUGGGGCAUUUUACUCAGCUACUUCAAAUAAUUUCUUGGGAACAGAACCUAUAAUACUUCGCAGCAUGCAAAAUCCUGUAAGAACAGAAUUUAAAACGUCUUGGCUAAAUGAACCAAGCUUUGUUGGCAUGGAAAUAGUACCUGAAAGUGAGUUUAGUCCAGAUGGAGAUGAUGAUAAAAUUUAUGUGUUCUUCACUGAAACAGCUGUUGAGUUUGAAUUCUAUGACAAGAUUCUGGUGUCCAGAAUUGCCCGAAUCUGCAAAGGUGACCUUGGUGGGAAGCGCUUACUGCAGAGAAGAUGGACUUCGUUUUUAAAAGCCCGACUUUCCUGCUCCGUUCCAGAACUCGACUUCCAUUUCAAUAUCAUUCAGGACAUCUUUUUCCUUAGGAGAGGGAAGUGGCAGGACAGCGUCUUUUACGGAAUUUUUUCCCAGCAGUGGGGCAGGUUGGACGUAUCAGCUGUGUGUGCGUACAGCAUGGCAGGCAUUCAGGAAGCCUUCUCCAAAGGAAGCUACAGGGGCCCCAUAGCUGUGGAGCAUUCCCACGUUAGAUGGGUGGCCUUUAGAGGAGAGGUGCCAGUUCCACGUCCUGGUGCUUGUAUUGAUAAUUUUGCCCGGAAUCUGGGGUAUAAUACAUCUUCUGACCUGCCUGACAAAGUCCUGCAGUUUGCUAGAGAUCACCCUCUGAUGGAUGGCGCUGUAAAUCCAGUCGGUGGUAGGCCAGCACUGCUGAAGAGGAGCUCAAACUACACCAGGAUUGUGGUAGACAGAGUUACUGGCCUGGAUAAGCAGACCUACGAUGUUAUGUUUCUAGGAACAGAUGAUGGAUAUUUGCAUAAAGCUCUCAAUUGCGAUGGAGAAAUGUUCAUUGUGGAAGAGCUGCAGCUGUUUCUGUCCCCUGAGCCUGUGCAGUUCCUGCAGCUGUCUGCUAAAAAGGGGAUGCUCUAUGUGGGGUCCCCGUCUGCAGUGCUGCAGCUUCCAGUUUCGGGCUGCCAGCGCUACAAGCGCUGCUUGGAUUGCGUCCUGGCCAGGGACCCAUACUGCGCCUGGUCUCAGGCUGCCCGUGCCUGUGUUCUGCUGCCACAUCAGCCUGCUGGUACACAGAAUUUAAUCCAAAAUGUGAAAUAUGGGGAUGCUUCUGGCUGCCUUAGUGCAGAGAAUGAUGUGAGAAAACACCUCUUUACUCUUGGAAACAAUGUUCAUCUUAAAUGUGUUCCUCUUUCAAAUCUGGCAAGAGUAGUGUGGAAGUUCAAUGGGAGCCGAAUUCAGGAUAAGGACUCUAAAUACCUCCUGUAUGAUGGAGGCAUAGCAAUAUUUAAUGCGACAGCGGCUGAGACUGGAUUCUAUGAUUGCCUCUCAGUAGAGACAUCCAGAGCAAAGGAAUUCUUUGUCACUGUGGCCCGUUAUGCCCUUUAUGCACAGCAGAGUACAGAGAAGGCAAAUGUUAAUGCUGCAACAGAUGGCAAUAACGAAGGAGAAGCUGUGGGAUUUCAGUCCUCAGUAUCAACUUAUUUACUGAAAGACGCACCAAAACAGAAAUCUGUGGGCAGCCAAAAGGAGAAUCUUGUUUUAAAACUCCUGGGUGCAGGUUUUGCUCUUCUUUUCUUUUUCUUGUUCAUUUGGAAUUUCUACAAGGGCCAUAUAUCUCUGCCUUGGAGGAUCGGAGAGACCAGCUCCAAAGACACCAAUGCAGACUUGGAAAAUCCAGAACUGACCACAGAAAGAUCAGAGGCUGUAAGAGAGAGCUCAGCAGUACAAGCAGACGUGCCUUGUCUUAAUGAAUAAAUGCUUGUGAGUUUUCCUCAAGGAGUGCAGCGCAGUGCAGUGUGUGCAGCUCGUGGAGCUGCUUGCUUCAGAUGAGGUUUCCUGCUAAGGAAUGUGGAAUGUCAAUUUGGGUAGGAGUCAGAAGCUCAGAACUGAAGGUGACAAGCAGCAUUGUGCGUCGCACAGUCGUGUUAGCAGCUGGUACUUUUAAAAGCAAAAUGCCUUUUUGACACAUUAGAACCAUAAGAAUAAAUUUUUUUUUUUAUCAAAAAUUGACACUGAUCCACUUUUUUGUAUUGUUGGAGUCGCCCAAUUACAGAAGUUAAUACUUCAGAAGCUAAUAAUACUUAGCAUUUAGUGCCUUUCACCUUCAGACUUUGUGUUUAAUCUACGAAUAGCAACUAAUUAAGUCUCCCAAUGUCCCGAGAGGUUGCUACUACCCUCAUUUUUCAUCAGGUUAGAUUACUUGUCACUGACCAUAGUAUUGGUGUCAGAUCCAAUGCUUUGUUAGAAGUCCCUGAGUCGUCUUCACAUCUUUCUCUAUUUUUCUCUCUUUUCUCUUUAUUUAACUGUUUUUAAAACUUCCCAUACAUUUAUUUUUCUAAUGUGCUUUUAGUGAUACUGUGAUGCAUCUUUUCUGUGCAGAAGAGUCGUGAACUGACGUAAAUACUGCCUAAAUUGUUGGGGAUUUAUUGCUGAGGUUUGGUCAGAACUCCAGCUGUGCAGCUCCUUU